CGCUUUUUCCUCAAACCAUCCUUGUCACUUUUCAGUCAAUAAUUCCAUUAAUUUAUAAUGACGUUAUGAAUUAUUUAGAUGGUGUUUGAAUGCGAUGGAUGACGACGAGUUUUAUGACACUAUUUCGAUGGAGACGGAAGAAAUGACGCCAAAAGACAGUCACAACAACUUGAUCGGGUCGUUGAAUACUCUCUACCACUCAGCAAUCGACCUGGACGUGAAGGAACUUCUUCCUCUAAACAGAAUCAACUCCUCGGAAUUAAAUCAUUUUAAAAAGAGGUGGAGGAGUUUUACAUCAAAAAAUGUGGAUGUGGACUUCGUACUGGCUUACGAGGAUCAAGGCACUAGCGAAGAUGUGAAAAAACGAAAGACUUUUGAAGAAAAUUUGCAAUCCGUAGGUCUUUUAUUAGAAAAAGAGAAAAACCAAUGGAUACAUUUCGUAAAAAUUCACGUACCCAAGGAACUGCUUUGUCAGUACGCCGAAAUUCUCAAACUUCGAUUGCCUAUUAUCGAUGAUGAAGUAGAAAAUCUAUCACAAAAUAUUAUUGCAUCGACUUUUUCGAAAAUAAUGCACUAUUUAGGUGUAUCAUUAGACCCUCAAAAAUUUCCACAGAAACCAUAUCAACUGACGGCCGAAUUCAGGCGAGAUAAAAACUACUUAUUUGACAUUGAUUCCCCGGAUUUCUUUAAUUCAUCCACGCGGACAAUUGUGGCGUCCUAUAUUUUGGAACGGGAACGUUUUGGAAACGAGGAUCAGGAUAAAGGAAUUAAGAGGUUGAUUACAGAAGGUGUUUACAAAGCUGCUUACCCUUUACAUGAUGGUUUAUUACACAAACAAGGUUCCAAACGGAACCUCCUAUUUAAGGAAUGGGCUUCGGUAAAAAAGUGUUUUAAAUUUCAGCCCAUUGACGAAAUAAAAGAUUAUUUCGGCGUACAAUUUGCACUUUAUUUUGCCUGGUUAGGUUUUUACACAUAUAUGUUGUUACCGGCAUCAUUUGUUGGCAUCUUGUGCGUAAUAUAUGCUCUAGCUACUCUCGAAACUGAUGACAUUUCUCAAGACAUUUGCAACUCCGAUAUCAUCAUGUGCCCCAGAUGCGACAAACACUGCGACUACUGGAAACUGAGUGAUGGUUGUACAUACGCGAAGAUACAACACUUCAUAGAUAAUCCCUCUACGAUCUUCUUUGCGGUUUUCAUGUCGUUUUGGGCAACUUUGUACCUAGAAUUGUGGAAACGUUACAGCGCCGAAAUCACCCACAAAUGGGGUCUCACUGGUUUCGAUCUCCAGGCGGAGCCGCCGCGUCCCGAAUAUUUAAUUAAACUCUCCCACGCAAAAAAGAAGAAACUGAACGUGGUAACGCAGUUACAGGAGCCGGUCGUGCCUUUUUGGAGAAUGAAACUUCCGUCGAUUAUACUGAGUUUUGGGGUUGCUCUUCUUUGGGUAUUUUUAGCUGUUUCUGUUGUAUUUGCUGUGAUGUUGUACAGGAUGUCAAUAUUUGCGUCUGCUGUUGUAACGAAUAAACAGUCUUAUUAUGAUGUACAGACUUAUUUGGUAUAUGUUGUUCCUGUAACAACCGGUUUGAUAAAUUUAGUGUGCAUUUUGGUCAUGAAUGUGAUUUAUGAUAGAUUAGCCAAGUGGCUGACUGACAUUGAAUUGCAGAGGACUCAAACCGAGUACGACGAUAGUUUGGCUCUCAAGAUUUACAUGUUUCAAUUCGUCAAUUACUACUCCUCCAUUUUUUAUAUUGCAUUCUUCAAAGGAAAGUUUGUAGGCUACCCCGGCAAGUACAAUAAGAUUUUUGGAUUCAGGCAAGAGGAAUGUAACCUUGGUGGAUGCUUGAUGGAAUUAACUGUUCAAUUGACAAUUAUAAUGAUUGGUAAACAGGCGUUAUACACUAUCAUGGAAAUGAGUCUUCCGCUGUUGAUGAAAAUGUACACAAUUAUAAAGAUGAAAACUGGCAUAGAAGACGACAUUAGUGAGGACACUGUUAUAAUUCACAACCAGUGGACAGAAGACUAUAAAUUGUCCAGCCUCGAAUCUCAAAGUCUCUUCAGUGAAUAUCUAGAAAUGGUUCUUCAAUACGGUUUUGUUACCAUAUUUGUGACGGCUUUUCCCCUGGCCCCACUCUUUGCUCUUAUCAACAACGUCUUGGAAAUGCGCCUAGAUGCGACAAAGUUUAUAAAAUAUUUCCGACGCCCUGUUCCACAACGUGUAUCCAAUAUCGGCGUUUGGUAUCCGAUUAUGGCGUUCAUUGGACAUGUUUCUGUGAUUUCGAAUGCAUUUAUUAUUGCUUUUUCGUCGCAUUUUAUACCAAGACUGGUAUAUAUAUUCGAAAUCAGCGCUGAUCAUACGGAUAAGGGUUAUUUGGAACAUAGUUUAGCGUAUUUUAACACCUCUGAUUUCGUAAUAGGAAACGAACCUCAAAACACAAACUUUGGAAACGUUACGAUAUGCAGAUAUGCUGAGUAUAGAAAUCCUCCAGACCAUGAAUUAAAGUAUAAAACGCCCUUAAUUUAUUGGCACAUUUUAGCGGCUCGUUUAGCUUUCAUCGUUGUAUACCAAAAUUUAGUAAGCUUUGUUAUGAAAACAGUUGAAUGGACUAUACCUGAUGUUAGCAGAAAGUUAAAUGACAAGAUUAAACGAGAAGCGUACAGAACCAACGAAACCAUUAUCAAACAUGAGGCUGAACGUGACAAACACAAAAUAAAUCAAAUACACAAUCCGGAAGCUUCUAAUGAUGUAAUUCAAUGAGUGCUGCUAAAUUUGGAGUAUAUUUAUUACGGGUACUGUAUACAUUAAUUUAAUAUCAUUAUUAUUAGAUUUAAAAUAAAUAAAACUCCACAAAUUUA